UUAUUAUUAUAAAUCCCAACCAAACUCUCAUUCUCUCUCUUAAAUUCCUCAUUCGUUAUAUCUAUCUCUCGCUCGCUCUACAAAUACACAACACAGCUUAGAGAGAGAGAGAGAAAGAAAGAGUGUGUGUGUGAUGGAGAUAACGCCGAAGAGGUAUUGGCGGAGGUGGAGAGGAUACGAGAAGCUUGAUGGGUCAUCGACGGCGGGUCGAAGGAACGGGAAACGGGUCAAAAUGGAUCCGACUCGGAAGAAACGGUUUUGGAGGAUCAAGAUUGUGCCGAAACUGAGAAUCCUUAAAACGGCGUCGCCUAAGAAGCUUUUGAUUUGGAUACGCGAUUCUUACGUUAAGAUGAUGAUGCGGUUGGCUAACUCGCGGGUCGUCGGAUCCUCGGGAUACGGUGGAUCCGGAUUCGGGUCGGGUCAAAUGAAGGAAUACGAUGAGAAAGUGCUCGUGGAGAUUUACAAGCAGAUAUUGAUGGCGCAGGCGCAGGGAAAUCUCGUGCACCGCGACACAGCUAAUAAGCUUCCUUCUGAACCAGCGAUUGUCUCUGUCUCUCCUGUUGUUAGGUAAUCAUUAUAAAAUACAUAUAUCAUUUUUCUUUAUAAUAAAAGAGGAUCAAAGUUCUUGACUUGUUUGAUAUACUUUUCGAGAUUGCUGAUAGCAAAGUUGUGAUUUUAAUCUGUAUCAAAUUUAUCACAAAAAUAGAAAAAUAAAAUAGUUAUGUAGAAAGAAAUAAAUUAUAGAUGGUGGAUUGUGGGUCCAAACAUUUACGUUUAUUUAAUGGGUGUUUUUUCAUUUAUUUUAUAAAGUUUUUGCUAAAUCUAUGUUUCUGAAAUAUAAAGAUUCGCAUU